UGCACACACAUGGUUUGUUUGCCAGUUUACUGAAGUUUUCAUCAUAAAAACUUUGUUGAAAGUAUAGUUUUCUCUAUUUUAAUGAGAGCCAGUCCAAUAAGAAUGUCGGGGAAAGGAAAGCAAAGGAAAGGCAAGAAGAAGGAGUCGCCGAAAACUAAAGAAAAUGUCGAAGGGUAUAGAGACCACGAUUCUUGUGGAGAUGACACAAUUGAGGUCGAGGAUUCAAGCGAAACUGACAUUGUCUACGAUUCAAAUAACGAUAAACAAAAAGAAAAUACUGCCGAUCAUGCAAAAAGCCGAAGCAAGAGUACUAAAUUACAAGAUGAUUCAAGAUUACAAACUCCACAACAACCUAAUUCAGGAAGUCUCAUUAAGCAGCCUACAUUAAAAGAAGGAAAAAAUGUUCCUAAAAGGGCUACUAAAACAGACAAUAUCCCAGUUAAGCGCUCGGGUUUGUGUACAGUAUUUGGCUAUGCCAUUUCAGGGAUUUCAGUUGUUGCUUUAGCUGUUUUUAUUGCUUAUUAUUGGCCUGAGGAAAUUCGACCAGGAUUCCUGGACAUGACCAACUCAGAUGAUAACUUUAACUACAAAAAAAUAUUUGAAAAUAGAAUAAAAGAAAUACAAGAACUUUUUCCAAACCAGACAGAGAGAUUUUGGAARAUUGUAAGGAGUCGUGGUCUUGCACAUCUACGAAAUAAGAAACCAUCCCAGCCAUUAGUGUUUUUAUUAGGUGCCCCACCUUCUGCUCAUGCUGUGGUUGACUGUUUGGCCAAGAAACUUGCCUGGUGCCUUGACCCAAAUGUUAGUCCAUCUAACUUUAUAGAUGGAGCUAAAUAYCACAAGGAUGAUGGCGACGACACAAAGAAAAUCCUUGAUGAUGAACUAAUGGAUAUUUUCAAGAAGGGUGUCCGUUCAGCUUUAGUCAUGCACCUUGAACAACUUCCUCCACCAUCGCCACUCCUGUUUUAUAAGUACUGUGAUAAUGACGAGGCUCCAUAUAAACAUGCUGGUAUAAUAUUCACAGUUUACUUACCACAGGAACCCAAUGUUUCAUUGCUUCCAGUAGAAGCCGAGGGAACCAUUGAAACAUUUCUGUCUGAUGUCGCUUGGAGUAAAUACCCUUAUGAAAGUGAUUCUAUUUCAGCUCUUUUAAGCCGUAUUGCAGACACUGUUGCACUGGUGAGUCAUGAAUCUGGUGAGGUGGUUCAGACAGUAUGUGAUUAUGUGCAAAAAUAACAGAUCAGCACCCAGCUCAGUAGCAAAGGACAAGAAAUCCUCCUCUGACCUCAUAGUCAUCUAGCCUCCUCCGUAGGCAACUCCUUUGAUUUAUAAUUAUUCUGCUUAGAUUGAGGUUCCUCUGAUACUCCCAAGAAAGACUAAUGAAACUGGAACCAAACAUCCCCAGUACCUCUCUUCACCUUUUUUUCCAAAGGAACCCCAAUAGUAAAGGAGUAGCCUGCACCAGGGGAGGAGGGUGGGAGGGGUUAUAUAACCGAUUCUUUAAGUGUACUCAAAUACUGCUAUAAAAUAGCAGAAAAUAGAGAAAAAUAAUUAAAAAUGAAUAUGAAAUAUUCCAUAGCACACUUUCAUCUGUCUUAUAACAACUGACGGCAAGGCUCCAGGGAAACAAAAGGAUUAUAUAUGUUUUACUGAAGACUCAAGUGCCAUACCCAAUAAUCUUGGAAUUUAAAGUGUUUUUAGGAGACUUUUGGUCCUCUUCUUUGGAUAAUAUGCUAAUACAUUCCAUUUCACAARUAUAGAAAUGAAAGAAAGUUAUAGUGCUUAGAAGGAGGCAAUUCCGUGAGAAAGACCCUUAGGAAAAAUUAAUUUCCGACCUCGCUGGGAUUCGGACCCACGACCUUUGGAUUUGUACUACCGAUGCUCUAUCAGCUGAGCUACAAGGCCAGACUGGGAGCAGGUCGGGGUGAAAUAGAUGUUGGGUUGUGGUAAUAGAAUAAUGUAAAGAUAUGAAUAUGAGGACUGCAUGGCACUACGAAGGAACAUAGUGCCAUGUGGUCCUCAUAUUCAUUUCACAAAUAGACUGGGUUACCUGUGUAUUGUAUGAGUAAUCAUGCAUGGAGACUGCAAGUAUAUUUUAUUUACUAAUAAAUGUACAUUCAUCACUAAAUAUUACCUAUAAAAUUAUUAGAAAAUAUGAUUGUAUUUUCUAUUAUUAAUAACCAUAAAAAUUUUCAGUUAGAUCUAUUAUAAUUGUUCUGAAUUAUUAAUGAUAAAACCAUGCUAUCUAACUUUAAUAAAGUUUUAGGCGAUCA